GCUCGCACAGCGCUCUCGAGCCGACGUCUGGCCCCCCCCAAGGCCCGCGCACCGAGGGCACUCCCGCCUCCUGCGCGCAGCCGGCUGGCUCUGGCACGGGCCGGUCCCUUCCGGGGGGCCCCCCGCCUCUGCUCCGAUGGUGGCCCCUCCUCGCCCUGUCGCCCUGUCCGCCUCGCCGCAGGCCGGCGGGCGGGUGCGCCGGGAGGCGCCGAGCAGGCUGCGAUGGCUCUGAUCGGCAGCGCUGCUCGCGUCCGUGCGCGGCGGUAUGGUGCGUCACCGCGAUGGCUGGGGUGUCGCCAGCGUCGCGCGGCAGGAGGCGGAGCUUAGGCGGUGCACCGCGCUCAUCAGCGAUCUGGGGAAGAAGACGUCGUGGAGCACCGCUGUGGAACUGCUCCUGGUCAUGCGGCAGAAGGAACUGUCGCCGAGCUUGAUCACCUACAACGCGCUGAUAAGCGCGUGCGGUCGUGGCAGAGGCUGGGAGUGUGCUCUGGGUCUGCUUGCCCAGCUCCGCACGGAGGGCCUGCUGCCGAACGUGGUGACCUACGGUGCCCUGAUGAGCGCGUGCGCUGCGGCUCUGCAGUGGCACACGGCGCUGGCCUGUUAUGCAGAGAUGCAGCGGCUCCUCCUGGCCCCGAACGAGAUCACCUGCAGCGCUGCCGUCAGCGCCUGUGCGGCUGGGCAGCUCUGGGCACGUGCCCUCUCCCUCGCGCACGACGCGCUGCAGUCCAGGGUGGCCUGGGACGUGGUCACGUUUACCUCGCUGAUCGUGGCGUGCGAGAAGGGGCGCCAGUGGGAGACCGGGUGGUGGCUCCUCAGCGAGAUGUCAAGCAGGGAAGUGCCGCCGGAUGUUGCGGCGUACGGUGCCGCGCUCAGCGCGUGCGAGAAGUCCCAGCAGUGGCAGCGCUGCCUGGCCCUCCUGGCAGAAGCGCAGCUGCGGCCCCAGACGCGCCCCAACAUCGUCAUGCUCUCCUCUGCCAUCACCGCGUGCGAGAAGGGGCGGCAGUGGGCGGCCGCGCUGUCGCUGCUGCGGGGGGCGCGUCUGCGGAAGCUCGAGCCGACGAUCAUCGCGUACAACGCCUCCAUCAGCGCCUGCGAGAAGGGAGCGCGCUGGCGCGAGGCGCUGGCGCUGCUGCGCGAGGCCCUCCUCGCCGGCCUGUCGCCCACCGUCGUCACCUACAACGCCUCGCUCACGGCCUGCGAGCGGGGCGCGCUCUGGGAGCGGGCGGCCCUGCUGCUCGCCGAGAUGCGGCGGGCGCAUCUCCGCGCGGACACGAUCACGUGCAACUCGCUGAUCAGUGCAGCUGGGCGGGGGGCGCAGUGGGCACGCGCUCUGCACAUACUGAGCACCAUGCAGCGGACAGGCCCGUGCCCCAGCGCGUUCACCUACAACUCCUCCAUCAGUGCGUGCGACAGGGGUCAGCGCUGGGAUCUGGCGAUGGGCAUCCUCUCAGAGAUGGGCGCGCGCCGCGUGCCGGCGGACGUUGUCUCCUACAAUGCCUGCCUGGGCGCCCUGGUGCGCGCCGAGAUGUGGCAGGAGGCCCUGCAGCUCGUGGGCGAGAUGCGGCGCGGCGGCCCCUGCGCGGACCUCAUCACCUACAACCUGCUGCUCAACUCGUGCGAGAGGGGGCACCGCUGGGAGUGUGCCCUGCGGGUGCUGGACGGCAUGAGGCUGGCGACGGUGCAGCCCACGGCGAGCACCCUCGGGAACGCCAUGCGCGCAGUGCGGGCCGGGCGCCAGGCCCGGGCCGCGGCGUCCCUCUUCGGGGCAGCGCCGCCGGCGCCGCCGUCCUCCCGGAGCCUGUCGACCGCGGCGCGGGGGCGUGCCGCGCCUUGCGCCGGGGGCCUCUGGCGGGCUCGGCCGCGGUGCGGGAGGUGGGGGCGCUGAGGAAAGGAAUGGCGUAAACAUGUCGACGUUCCGCGCGGAGCUCCGAGGGUUUGUGGC